CUACAAAUUAUUAGAAUGUCUUCACUCACCAUCUUGCUUCUAUUUUUGUUCGUGCCAGUUUCAUUUUCUCAGACAACGCAGAAUAUAAACGUUUUGCUUAUCAAUGAGGAAAAUAACGCGUUGGCUGAGAAAUCGUUUGAAGUGGCGAAAGAGUAUGUGCGGCGGAAUCCGACUUUGGGGCUGGCGGUUGAUCCCGUCAUCGUGGUGGGAAACAGGACUGAUGCUAAAGCUUUCUUAGAAAAUGUUUGCAGAAAAUACAAUGACAUGUUGUCGGCCAAGAAAACGCCUCACGUUGUCCUCGAUUUUACCAUGACGGGCGUGGGCUCAGAGACCAUAAAGUCGUUCACCGCGGCACUGGGCCUGCCCACCAUUUCUGGCUCGUUCGGCCAGGCCGGCGACCUGCGCCAGUGGCGGAACCUCGAUGCCAAUCAGACCAAGUUCCUCUUACAAGUGAUGCCGCCAGCCGAUGUUCUACCAGAGUCCAUACGAGCCAUAGUUACCAAGCAAGACAUCACUAACGCUGCCAUUAUCUUUGAUGAGUUCUUUGUGAUGGAUCAUAAAUACAAAUCACUUCUACAGAACAUCCCCACUAGACAUGUCAUCACGCCGGUCAAAAGUUACAACAGAGACGAAAUCAAAACUCAACUAAGAAGCUUACGUGAACUCGACAUAGUCAAUUUCUUUGUCGUUGGCAGUCUACGGACUAUAAAAAAUGUACUGGACGCAGCCGACGAAAACCAGUAUUUUGGGAGGAAAACUGCGUGGUUCGCCUUGACGUUGGAUAAAGGAGAUAUUAGCUGCGGCUGCAAAGAUGCUACUAUCGUGUACAUGAAACCGACUCCUGACGCAAAAAGCCGGGAUCGACUAGGAAAGAUCAAAACUACAUACAGCAUGAACGGAGAGCCUGAGAUCACCUCCGCUUUCUACUUCGACCUCUCCCUGAGAACAUUCCUAACAGUCAAAUCACUGUUGGAUUCUGGCAAAUGGCCAAAUGAUAUGAGAUAUAUUAGUUGUGACGAUUACGACGGCAAGAAUACUCCGAAUCGGACCUUGGAUCUGAAGACGGCUUUUCACGAGAUAAAAGAAACACCGACGUACGCCCCUUUCUUUAUUCCCGAGGACGACCCGAUGAAUGGCAGAAGUUACAUGGAAUUCAACACAGAUUUGUCGGCGGUUACCGUGAAAGACGGCGCGUCUAUAGGCAGCCGGAACUUAGGUUCCUGGAAGGCCGGGCUUUCUAACCCGCUGACGCUUACCGACCCCCAAAAUAUGAGCGAUUAUUCGGCCCAACUCGUGUAUAGAGUGGUUACAGUAGAGCAAAAGCCGUUCAUUAUAAGGGAUGACGAAGCCCCAAAAGGUUUUAAAGGCUAUUGUAUCGAUCUCAUCGAGGAGAUUCGCCAAAUCGUCAAGUUCGACUAUGAAAUAACGCUAGUGCCCGAUGGUAACUUCGGAACCAUGGACGAAAACGGCAACUGGAAUGGAAUUAUCAAGGAACUCAUCGAAAAGCGAGCCGACAUAGGACUGAGUUCGUUAUCCGUGAUGGCGGAGAGAGAAAACGUGGUAGAUUUCACCGUUCCCUACUACGAUUUAGUCGGCAUCACUAUCCUGAUGAAACUGCCUAGAACACCGACUUCUCUUUUCAAAUUCUUAACGGUUUUGGAGGACGACGUCUGGCUGUCCAUACUGGCUGCAUAUUUCUUUACUAGUUUUCUAAUGUGGAUCUUCGACAAAUGGAGUCCAUAUAGUUAUCAAAAUAACCGCGAAAAAUACAAAGACGACGAAGAAAAACGCGAAUUCAACCUAAAGGAGUGUCUAUGGUUCUGCAUGACGUCACUAACUCCGCAAGGAGGUGGGGAGGCGCCGAAAAACCUCUCUGGCCGACUGCUGGCCGCUACUUGGUGGCUGUUUGGGUUUAUCAUUAUAGCAUCAUACACAGCUAACUUGGCCGCCUUUCUCACCGUGUCUCGUUUGGAUACGCCCAUCGAAUCCCUGGACGACCUGUCAAAGCAGUACAAGAUACAGUACGCCCCGCUGAACGGCUCUGCUGCGAUGACGUACUUCGAACGCAUGGCGCAUAUCGAAGUCAGGUUUUAUGAAAUAUGGAAAGAGAUGAGCCUCAACGACAGCCUGAGCGAUGUGGAACGAGCGAAGCUAGCAGUCUGGGACUACCCUGUGAGCGACAAAUACAGCAAAAUGUGGCAGGCGAUGAAGGAAGCUGGAUUACCAAAUUCCGUCGAAGAAGCAGUCCAAAGGGUCCGCGACUCUGAGAGCUCCAGCGAAGGCUUCGCAUGGCUCGGCGAUGCUACCGACGUGCGUUACUAUGUUCUGACCAGCUGCGACCUUCAGAUGGUCGGAGACGAGUUCUCUCGGAAACCUUACGCCAUUGCCGUCCAGCAAGGGUCACCGCUGAAGGACCAGUUUAAUAAUGCAAUCCUCCAACUCCUAAACAAACGCAAGCUGGAGAAGCUCAAAGAGAACUGGUGGAAUAACAACCCGGAAGCCAUGAAAUGCGAGAAGCAAGAGGACCAGUCCGACGGCAUCUCCAUCCAGAACAUCGGCGGCGUGUUUAUCGUCAUUUUCAUGGGCAUUGGCCUCGCUUGUAUCACGUUGGGAGUGGAAUACUGGUGGUAUAAGUGGAGGAAGAGACCGGUUAUUGGAGAUGUUACACAGGUGGAACCCUCGAAAACAACAAGGAACAAUGCCGACCACAGCACCACGAAAAUCGGGGAAGGAUUCACGUUCAGGUCCAGAAAUUUGGGUCUUUCAAACUUCAGGUCCAAGUUUUAAGGUCUAAAAAGAUUAGAUCUCGGUAAAUGAUCUCAACACUGUCUUAGUUUAAGAUCGGGAGAUAUUUUUCAUGUUCCAUUAGCAGUGCCGGCUG